CCGAGCCUCAGCAGCGGAUCUCCACAAGUGUCAGCAGCUACUUGAACAAUCAGAUCUAUGAAGUGUCAUCAGCAGCCCUAACCUCAGACAGACGCUUUGGACUUUGGAAUAGCUUACUACUUCUUCCUCUUCGUCUUUUUCUUUUUCUUUUGUUUUUUCAUUUUUAAAUAUGAUUUUUUAAUGUUUCAUGUGUAAUGGCUAAUGUUUCGUCGGCUGAUGUGGGAGUUCUGUUUCUCAUCGUAAUCACCGUAUCUUUGGCAAAUGGUUCCUCAUCAAGCAAAGAUGUAAACCAGAGGAGUGAGGCCGAAGCCUUCAAGCUGAACGGACUUCAUCCCAGCCGUGUAGACAACCUCAGUGGUGAUGCCUCUAAAGAGGAAGAGAAGCCAUGCCCUGCUUGUGACCCACCAGGAGCCAGAAGGCGUGCAAAGAGAUGCACAUGCUACACCUACAAAGACAAGGAGUGUGUGUAUUACUGCCAUCUGGACAUCAUCUGGAUCAACACACCAGAGCAUACUGUACCAUAUGGUAUGUCCAGUUACAAAGGAUCCCUGCGUAUGAGGCGCUCUGCUGGGACUGCUCAGCGCUGUGUGUGUACAGUGCAUAAUGACUCCACCUGCAGCAGCUUCUGCAUGGACAGCAGGCAGAGGAGACCAGCACCCGCACGGAGCGUCCGCAGCAGCUGUGCAUAGUGAGCUUGCAAUGAAUUGAACAUUUAAGUAACAUGCUCACCAUCUGAGAGGUAGACAGUCGCUGUCAUUACAUAUCGCAUGUACUUGUUUGGAAAAAUAGCCUGUUUGUCUACAGUUUACAUACACUUAAGUUGAGCUCUGACGCAGCCUCUCAGUCCAGAAAUCCUAGAAUCAAUUCUUAAGUGUUUUUGUGACAAAGUAGUAUGUGUCCAACUCUAUCACAGAACAGUUAUAGUUUUAGAAAUCACUUGAACUCUCGGCUGUCAUGAUAUACAUGUUCUUUGCAAGUGUAUGUAAACUUUUGAACACAACUGUAUAUAUAUGUAGAGAGCACGUGUUUGUAGUGCCUUGUCAUCAGACUCAUAGAUGAAUAACCACAAAGAUGUUGAAGGCAACAGGUACAAGCAGUGUCUCUCGGCCUGUGUCUGUUAGGCAAGUGUGAACAAUGUUUUUCAUUUUCCUGUCAUAACUUAGAAUGGUUUACAUGGAUCGUUUGUGUCGAAGAUUAAAGACUUUGGUAGAGCAUGUUGCUCA